UUUUUCAUUUUAUGAUUUUCCAGUGUGUUAAAAAGAUGCAUUUUCUCUGGUGCCUGGCAGGACUGACAGCGUUAAUAACAGGAGUGACGGCUUCAGUGGCCUCUGACCAUGAAUGUAAUCGGCGCUGCGUCGUAGGGGAAACCCCUAAAACCUGUGUCUACAACUUCACAGUGGAGUGGUACAGAACUCUAUCAAAGGCCUGCCAUAGGUGUCCGUUUGUGGAGGAGGACUGUUACCGGCCUCAUUGUGUGGCAGCAGACGGUCACGUGCGCGCACACCUGGCGGUAAACAGGAUGAUGCCUGGGCCCAGUAUUGAGGUAUGUGAGGGUGACACCGUGGUUGUGCACGUCACCAACAUGCUCGAGGACGGUGGCACGAUCAGCAUUCACUGGCACGGCAUACAUCAGUACAAGACGCCUUAUAUGGACGGAGCGGCUCACGUGACCCAGUGCGGGAUCGAUGAGAAAGAAACUUUUACGUACGAAUUUAAAGCGAGUCCGGCGGGAACCCACUGGUAUCACUCUCAUUCUGGAAUGCAGAUUGGUGACGGUCUGCUGGGGGCCUUCAUCGUAAGAACCCCAAAAGACUUGGACCCCUCGGGUAUACUGUACGACGUGGACGACUCCGAUCACGUUGUCAUCGUCAAUGACUGGCUACCCGUUAUCUCCAUCGGCCGUUAUAUAAACCAAAUGCAUGACAAAUUUGAUUUGACCUGGCCAAUUUCUAGCUUAGUAAACGGUCAUGCGAGAAAGUUUGAAGUGGUUGAUAAAGCUAAUACAUCCAUACCCGCGGCUUACACGCCUAUGGAAUUGUUCAAUGUGAACCAAAAUAUGACAUACCGUUUCCGGGUGAUCGGAGCGUCGACUACCUGCCCCAUGAAGUUAUCUGUAGACUCUCACCUGAUAACGGUGAUAGCCACAGACGGCAUGCCGAUCGUUCCCCGAGUUGCCAAUACAAUGAUCAUUAAUCCCGGAGAGAGGUACGACUUUGUUCUUCAUGCUAAUAUGCCUGUGGACAACUACGUGAUUCGAUUCCGUGGACUGUCAGACUGCAGAGUAGUGCGGGAGACUGCGUUUGCCAUACUGCACUAUAACGGUGCCAACAGCACUUUGCCGGAGAUCAACAAAACCCUUACACGAGGAGGGGUGUUCGUCAAUCCCAUUUUAAUAAACAAUGAUAACCCACUAUACUCAAGCUUUGAUCUGGAUAUUGUUGUGGACGACCUUCGUAGUGAACGAUACAAAAGAGUGGAGAAUUACACUACAGAAAAAGUUGACCUAGUGUACUAUAUUGCUUCGGAUUUCAACAACAACGACAAUAAGAAAUACAAUCACCCAGAUUAUUAUCCUGUGAAGGAAUUGCCGCCACUGAAAGCACAUUUCACUCCAGUCUUGGACAACAUAACCUUUGACCUCCCGCCCAUACCACCGCUUUCCCAACCUGAAGAUAUCCAUCCUGAGUGGUUCUGUAAUCGAAGCUCGCUCGACAUGACCGCCUGCUCCGCCAACUUGUGUAUAUGUACACAUUUGGUACACCUAAAACUGAACCAGGUCGUGGAUUUAGUGCUGGUGAACGAGGGGAAAGCGUUUACCGAAUCAGGUCAUCCCAUGCAUUUACACGGCCAUUCCUUCAGGGUUCUAGGACUGGAGAAGCUUGGAGAGUCAGUCUCGGUUAGUGACGUAGAAAACCUGGAGAAAGAAGGGAAACUAAAGAGAAACCUGAUCAACCCGCCGUGGAAAGACACGGUCCAUGUCCCUGAUGGCGGUUACGUCAUUAUCAGGCUGAUCGCUAACAAUCCAGGCUACUGGUUUUUCCACUGUCACGUGGACUCUCACAUGCUCCAAGGAAUGGCUAUGUUGUUUAAAGUUGGGGAAGACGAAGACAUUCCGAAGAUUCCCGAGCAAUUUCCCCGCUGUGGAGGAAUGGGUUUCAGUAACGCCAAGAAAAUAAAAUCUCCUCCGCCGAAAGUCAUAGAGAAAGACUGCGAAUCCUCAUCAAUUUCAAGCACGCUCAGCGCCGUGCUCUGUUUGGCCAUAACAUUCAGUGUGUUUGUCAACAUAAAAUAGCUUUAUUAUAGCAAUCUUUGAACUAUAGACCUUAUACAGAUAUGUGUCAGAUAUGUACCUGAUGGGAAAGUGAACGCAUUUCAAGGAACACAGUUUUUAAAUACAUUUAUGCAAGGAACAGAAUUGGGCAGAACAGAGUAGUAACAGAUAGACAACAAAAUGGGCAGACUUGUGAGAUAAGAUCAUUUAGUAAAAAUGACAAAUUAAUUCAGAUUAAGAUGUUAAACCUAAACUAAAAUAUCUUAUGAAUUCAUUGUUUGUAAUGAAUAUAUGUUAAAACAAUUCUAACCCGCUAAGGUGGGGGUGAAAAAAGGCCAAGAUAGGAUACAAGAAAACAACAGAGUAGGUAAAGCCCUCCAAGGGAGAGGAAGGUGGGAUUUCGGAAAUUAACCUUAUCGUGCAGCAUGCACGUACGUCCUUCUCGUUUCACGUCCAAACAGAAUAUGACCCCGAAAGAGUAUCACGCCCCCACGAGACAAUCGUAUAUAUGUAAAUAUAACCAUGGUAGCGCGAGCUAACCUGUAACGAGCUCGUGCAUUAGCACAUAGGGUCAUACAGUGUAUAUACAUUUGAUAACGGGAGACAACUUUUAAGCCAGAUCAAAGCCAAUGAGAAAAUCAUGCGUGAAUUUAAAAGUACACUGUCCCAACAUAAAAGCUAUUAUAGCUGUGCAGUAAUUGGUAUUUAUGUAAGGAACAGAAAUGGCCCUAUAGGCGGCUAGUAACAUAGACCACAAAAUGGGCAGAUUUGUAUUAUAAUGUCAUUUAGUAAAAAUGACAAAUUUAUUAAGAUUAAGAUAUUAAACUUAAACUGAAAUAUCUUAUGAAGCCAAUGAGAAAAUCUACUUGCGUUAAUUCAAUAGUACACUGUCCCAGCCUAAAAACUAUUAUAGCUGUGCUGUGACUGGUCGGGCUCGGUCGAUACGGCGACGCAACCGCAGGGAACUCGAGCAGAUACGACGAUGCAGAUCAGCAGAGUGUCACGAUAAUCUCUAUUUAUAGCUGUGCUGUGGCUGGUAGAUAAAAAUUAAAGUAUCUCUUAUUGAUACCAGUCAUGCAUAUCCUAAACUGCUUGAAAAGACUAUCAUUAUGUUAGUCAAGUAACUAGCAAAUCUUCCGACAACUACUAACAUAAAACUAAACAUAAAGGUGCAAAAUUUAGACAAAUUUAUAUAUAAGAGCCUAAGUAGAUUAUCUUGAAUGGUUGCGACUGAAGUUUUCUCCAUUUUAUCUGAAGGACACAUGCCCCAGCCCAUUGUCGUAAUACAGCGAAUCGUUAUGAAGGCUACUGACAGGAUAUUAUCUUGUUUUUUGGUGAAGAUCUUACCCAUUAAAACUGAAAUGAU